AGAACAAAGUAACUGUAUUUUUGAAGAACGAGCUGGAAAAGUUUAAGAAAAUAUUAAACCGAGAGAACACACAGUACUUUGUGCAGGACCUCACAGAGGAGAUGCGUGAUAUCAAAGAAGCAGCUCUUCAUAUCACACUUUUCUUCCUGAGAGAUAUGAAGCAAGUUGGAGCUGCAGAAGCUCUUCAAGAUGAGCUGGUCCUCAUUCAUCAGCGACCACUAAAAUCAAACCUGAAGAAGAAAUAUCAAUCUGUAUCUGAAGGAAUUGCAAAGCAAGGUGACUUCAAGCUUCUGAAGAACAUCUACACAGAUCUCUGUAUGACUCUGAGUGUUAGUAAACAAGUUAAUAUCCAAAAUGAAGUUCAGGCUGCUGAUAGACUACAUGAAUCAAAAGAGAUUCCAGUUGAAUGCAAAAAUUUGUUUGAAGCACCUGAACAAGACAAGGAGAUCAGGACUGUACUGACAAAAGGAGUUGCUGGCAUCGGAAAAUCCAUCUCUGUGCAAAAGUUCAUUCUGGAUUGGGCUGACGGUAAAGAAAAUCAGGCUAUUACUUUCAUAUUUCCUCUUGCAUUUCGAGAAAUGAACUUAAAGGAGAAAGAAACACUAAGCAUGUCAAGUCUUAUACAUCAGUUUUUUCCAGAGAUAAAAGGACUAAACCUUGCAAGAAUUUAUAAAUUUAAAUUACUCUUCAUCCUUGAUGGAUUGGAUGAAUGUCGUCUUUCUCUAAACUUUGACGGUAAUGAGACUUGUUGUGAUGUAACAUCACAAGUCUCUCUGGAUGUUCUCCUGACGAAUCUCAUCAAGGGAAAUCUGCUUCCUUCUGCUCUCAUCUGGAUCACCACCAGACCAGCAGCUGCCAGUAAGAUUCCUCCCGAAUGUAUUGACCACGUCACAGAAGUGCAAGGAUUCAGUGAUGCACAAAAGGAGGAGUACUUCAGAAAAAGAUUCACAGCUGCAGAUCUGGCAAAUGAAAUUAUUGAUAAUGUUAAAUAUUCAAAGAGUCUUUUUAUCAUGUGCCACAUCCCAGUCUUCUGCUGGAUUACAGCCACUGUUCUCCAGAACAUUUUUGAGGAGAAAAUAAAUAAUGAUGUGAGAAAUCAGGCUGAUGAAGUCUUCAAAACACUGCAGGAAUCAAACACUGAAGACAUUCCCAAGACUCUGACACAAAUGUACACACACUUUCUCCGCUUUCAGAUGCUGCAGAGCAGACCAAAAUAUGAUGGACAAUACACACCAGAUGUUUCCUGGGAUAACGAUGCCAUCCUUUCACUGGGGAAACUGGCAUUUCAUCAGUUGCAGAGAAACAAUCUGCUCUUUUAUGACACAGAUCUGGAAGAAUGCGGUAUUGAUGCGUCUAAAGUAUCAGUGUAUUCAGGCAUGUGUACCCAGAUCUUUAUGGAGGAAAAAGGGAUCAGUCUUGGUACCACUUUCUCCUUUGUUCACUUGAGCAUUCAAGAGUUUAUUGCAGCCCUGUACGCACAUCUGUUUCUAGACAUUCACAAGAAAAGUGUGUUUGAUCAUCAUGAGUCCACAGAACAGAAAAAUAAAAAUGAAGCCAUGAUUGAUUUGCUCAAGACUGCAGUGGACAAGGCACUCGCGAGUGAAACUGGACACCUGGACCUUUUCCUUCGCUUCCUUCUUGGUCUGUCACUCCAGACCAAUCGUCCUCUCUUACAAGGUCUGUUGACACAGCAAGACAGCAGUGAUGAGAACUACAAGGAGAUAGUUCAGUACAUCAAGUAUAAAUUAGAAGAUAAGAAGAUGUCUCCAGAGAGAUCCAUCAAUCUGUUCUACUGUCUGAAUGAACUGAAUGAUCAAACUCUGGUGAAAGAAAUUCAGACCCACCUUAGCAAAGGAAGUCUCUCAUCUGCUGAUCUUUCUCCUGCUCAGUGGUCUGCUGUGGCCUUCGUUUUGUUGACAUCAGAGGAAGAGAUGGAGGAGUUUGAUCUUCAGAAGUUCAAGAAAUCAGACAAGUGUCUUUUUAGGCUACUGCAAGUUGUGAAAGUCUCCAAAAGAGCUCUGCUGAAUGAUUGUAACUUAACAUAUCAGAGCUGUUCAAAUUUGGCUAAAGCUCUCAGAUCAGAUAACAAUCUGAUAGAGCUGAAUAUGAGCAAUAACAAUCUACAGGAUUCGGGAGUAAAGCAACUCUGCAUUGGACUGGAGACAUGUGAAUUGGAGAUACUGAAGCUCAAUAAUUGUGGAUUAACAGAGGAAAGCUGUUCAGCUCUUGCUUCAGUUCUCAGUUCAGACUGCAGCAGUCUGAAGGAACUUGAUCUGAGCAAUAAUAAUCUGAAGCAUUUAGGAGUGGAGCUGCUCUCUGAUGGACUGACAAAGAACUGUAAACUGAAGAUACUCAGACUUUCAGACUGCAGUAUCACAGAAGAAGGUUAUAAAGCUCUGGCUUCAGCUCUGAGAUCAAAUCCUUCACACCUGAUAGAGCUGGAUCUCAGAGGAAAUGAUCCUGGACAAUCAGGAGUGAAGCAGCUCAAUGAUUUACUACAGGAUCCAAACUGUCAACUGAAGACACUGAAGUUUUUGGGUCCUGCUGCAGAAGAAGCCUUUCAGAAUGUGAAAGGAAUUGUGGGUGAAAACCUGUUACUCCUGAAAGAACUGAAUCUGAGUAAACGUAAACUAGGAGACACACAAGUGAUUCAGAUCGCUGCUUUACUGCAGGAUAAACACUGUAAACUCAACACACUGAUUCUGCAUAAGUGUGGGCUAACUGAGGAAAGUUGUUCAGCUCUCACUACAGUCCUGAGAUCAAACCCCAGUCUGAAAGAACUUGACAUGAGCAAAAAUAAUCUGCAGGAUUCAGGAAUGAAGAAACUCCAGAACGGAUUAGAAGAUAAAAACUGCACACUGAAGAAACUCAGACUUUCAAACUGCAGUAUCACAGAAGAAGGUUAUAAAGCUCUGGCUUCAGCUCUGAGAUCAAACCCUUCACACCUGAUAGAACUGGAUCUCACAGGAAAUGAUCCUGGACAAUCAGGAGUGAAGGAGCUCAAUGAUUUACUACAAGAUCCAAAGUGUCAACUGAAGACACUAAGGUUUUUAAGAAGUCCUGCUGCAGAAGAAGCCUGUCAGUUUGUGAAAGGAAUUGUGGGUAAAAACCCGCUACUCCUGAGAGAACUGAAUCUGAGUGAACGUAAACUAGGAGACACACGAGUGAAUCAGAUCUCUGCUCUACUGCAGGAUAAACACUGUACACUCAACAAACUGAUUCUGCGUAGAUGCAGAAUUACAGAGUUUCAGUGUCUCAUCCUGACUUCAGCUCUGUGUUCAAACAUUUCACACCUGAGAGAGCUGGACCUUAGUCAGAAUAAAAUAGAAAACAAAGGAGUGAAGCACUUAUGUGAACUACUGAAGGAUUCACACUGUAAACUGGUGAGAUUGAGGUGAGGAACAUGCUUAAAAAUUCUUAAAAUCAUUUAAACAUUGCAAUUUAUCUAUAACACUUUUACUCAAUAUCUAUCAGAGAGUCUGAGUUCACAUUAUAUUUGUGGAAAAUAAUUUCAUUACCGAUUAGCUGUAAAUGUGCGCUGUGACACAAAGGGAACAUCACUA